AUGAAGGCCAUAAACUCCUGGCUACUUAUUGCAGUUACUAAUAUUCUUCUCCCCAUUGCAAUACUUAUAUUCGCAAAAGGGUUCUUCCCGUAUAAACCAGUCUUCCCGGGUCUUGCUGUUCUCGAUGCCACCUCAGAGCCUCCACCUCCGGCGCCUUUUGAGAAGGUUAUUUUUAUGGUCGUUGAUGCACUUCGAAGCGAUUUUGUAUUCUCUGAAAAUUCCGGAUUCAAGUUUACCCAGAGUCUCAUACGCUCAGGUUCAGCUGUGCCGUUUACUGCACAUGCGACCUCUCCGACAAUUACAAUGCCACGGGUGAAGGCUCUCACGACUGGCUCAAUCCCAAGCUUCCUAGAUGUGAUUCUCAACUUCGCGGAAUCGGACACGUCGUCAACUCUAGCGAAUCAAGACAGCUGGUUGGCGCAAAUUCGCCAACGUGAUGGGAAGAUAACAAUGUUUGGAGACGAUACGUGGCUUAAGCUGUUUCCAGGCAUGUUUGCGCGUUCAGACGGGACUUCGAGUUUCUUCGUCUCGGAUUUUACGGAGGUAGAUAAUAAUGUUACUCGACAUCAUAAAGAUGAGCUUUUGCAAACUGAUUGGGAUGCAAUGAUUAUGCAUUAUUUGGGUCUUGACCAUAUCGGCCACAAAUCUGGACCACGAAGCCCUUACAUGAAACCCAAGCAGGAGGAAAUGGACAAUAUAGUCCAAGAGUUCUACAAUGCCCUUAUAGCUCUUCCCCAUCUAGAAUCGACUCUCUUUGUUCUUGCUGGGGACCAUGGUAUGAAUGACGCCGGUAACCAUGGAGGCUCGGCACCUGGUGAAACAUCGCCGGCACUUGUUCUCAUCUCUCCAAAAUUCGAAAAGGCCUUCCCUGGAGGUGGAAGGGAGUGCCCAGCAUUGCCGAAGGAAGAGUUCGACUUUUACACUACCGUCGAACAAUCGGAUAUCGUUCCGACACUUGCUGGGCUUCUCGGCUUCCCUGUGCCAAAAAACAAUCUUGGAGUUUUUAUUCCUUCAUUGCUUGGAAUGUGGAAAGCAUCCGAUAGGGUUGAACUCAUGUUACGAAAUGCUCAGCAAUUGCUUGCAAUUGUUAGAGCAGCAUAUCCUGAUUUUGAUGAUAAAGGCUCACUCAGCGAUUGCAUCAAAGCCAGUACCAAUGUCGAGGAAUUGAGUUGCUGGUGGAAAAAGUCUCAAGGGGCUUAUGAAAACUUCAAGAUGAAUGGCGUGAACCAAGACGUCACUCUUGAAUUACUUUCUGUCUUCUCUACCCGGUGUCAAGAUGUUCUCUCAAUGGCUGCAAGUAAUUACAAUCUCGAAUUGAUGACCACCGGGACCGUUUUGACAUUUCUCUCAUCCAUACUUUCUAUUUUUGGUAUUUUCCGUUCCUCGGAGAACUCAAGACUUGCAAAUUUAUUUUUUCCUUUAUCAACUCUGCUAUAUGGUGUCAUGAUGUUCGCCAGUAGCUAUGUUGAGGAAGAACAUCACUUCUGGUACUGGGUUGCUUCAGGGUGGUUUGUUUGCAUCUUCGUCAAAGGGCAUAAGAAAAUCGGUGCGCUACCUUCAUUAGCAAUUUUGACCCUGCUAAGGGUAGCUCGUCGUUGGAAUCAGACAGGUCAAAAGCAUGCUGGUUCAUCUGACAUCUCUAAAGACUUUCUCCAAAGAUAUCCUAGUAUCUUGUGGUUCCUAGUCAUAGUCGCUUACCUUGUAAUUUUCCUUCGACUAUCCAAUAGGACUUUUCGUAGGGCUGGGCGCGAGGUGGCUUUCGUCUUUGCUUUCGUAGUUAUGGCAUCAGCCUUGGCGUUUAAGUUCGCGUUCGCUGCCCAAGACACACCUGAGCUGAUACCUUGGGAUUUAGUUCCCGUAGCUGAAUGGUUGGAGGAUAUACCGCUAGUAAAUCUUGCUAGAUCAACAUUUGGCGCUAUUCUUGUUGGUAUUUUAUAUACAAUAUCCUUCGAGAUCCCAAAGAGUGUCCCGUAUAAUAAUCCUACUUCUCUAAAUUCAGCAGUUGUCUUUAUGGAUUUUAUUAUAGCCUUCUUGGUUACUCAAACAAGAUUGGUCAACAUACCACUCUUCUUGUUAUUGCAGCUUGUUGCUUGGCUUCUCGGUACUAUGCGACUGUCUGCAACGGAAAUUACAAUUUCCACUAUGAUAUUAUCGCACUUCUCCUUUUUCGCAUUCGGCGGGGCCAAUGCUAUCUCCUCCGUCGAUCUUUCCAACGCAUAUAAUGGUGUAUCUGGCUACAACGUAGUCAUUGUCGCUAUUCUAACACUCGUCAGUAACUGGAUUGGACCCAUUUACUGGAGUUGCUAUGGAAUUAUCCUAUUGACACGGAGACGUGUCUUGGAUAAGUCCGCGUACUUGAGACAUACGAUCAUAUUAAGCUCGUUCUAUUGUAUCACGGUGGCAUUCGUUAUGGUUGCCUGUACAGUACUGAGGACGCAUCUUUUCAUAUGGACCGUUUUCUCCCCCAAGUUUUUAUACAGUAUGGCUUGGGUGUUGGGGUACCAUAUAUUGAUAAACUUGGGCCUUGGUGGUAUAAUGGGGUGGGCUGGUAAGCGAUGUUUUAUUUGA